CGUGAGGGGCGUUGCCGCUUUACGGUUGCCUCUCCCAGACCAGAGCCCGGGAGCGCUCACCGCCGUAAGCCGCCGUAAGCCGCGACUCCUGGAGUCAGUCCGGCACAGAGUGCGAGGCCCGGCGUACCAGUGUCUUCCCUGUCGCUCCCUUCUGGACACCGGCGAUGUGACCUCGAGGAGGCUGUCGUGCCCCCUGGCCCGGGGUUGACAGGGGCGGCAGGUGCCUGCAAGGCGGGCGGGUGCUGGGGGCCAGCAGGAUGGAGGAAAGCAUGGAAGAGGAGGAGGGGGGCAGCUACGAGGCGAUGAUGGAUGACCAGAACCACAACAACUGGGACACCGCCGUGGAUGGCUUCCGGCAGCCCCCACCACCCCCUUCGUCGAUCCCAGCCCCUGUCCGAGAGCCUCCGCGGGGGCAGCUCCUGACGGCGCCAGCGGUCUCAGUGGACAGGAAAGGCCCCAAGGAGGGGCUCCCGUUGGGGCCGCCACCGCCAGAGCCCAACGGGGUGAUCAUGAUGUUGAAGAGCUGCGACUCGGCGGCCACGGUGGCCAAGGCGGUCCCCGCCCCCACCCCCAGCUCCACCAUCAACAUCAACACCUCCACCUCCAAGUUUUUGAUGAAUGUUAUAACUAUUGAAGACUAUAAGAGCACAUACUGGCCAAAAUUGGAUGGUGCCAUAGAUCAGCUAUUGACCCAGAGCCCUGGAGACUAUAUCCCCAUCUCCUAUGAACAGAUAUACAGUUGCGUGUAUAAAUGUGUGUGCCAGCAGCACUCGGAGCAGAUGUACAGCGAUCUGAUCAAGAAGAUCACCGAGCACUUAGAGAGGGUCUCGAAGGAGCUGCAGGCCAGCCCUCCAGAUCUCUAUAUUGAAAGAUUUAAUAUAGCUCUUGGACAAUAUAUGGGAGCGUUGCAGAGCAUUGUGCCUCUUUUCAUAUAUAUGAAUAAGUUUUACAUUGAAACCAAGCUUAACAGAGACUUAAAAGAUGACCUUAUAAAGCUGUUUACGGAACAUGUUGCAGAAAAGCACAUUUACAGCCUAAUGCCUUUACUUUUAGAAGCCCAGUCGACACCGUUUCAGGUCACACCGUCCACCAUGGCAAAUAUCGUGAAAGGCCUGUACACUCUCAGACCAGAGUGGGUUCAGAUGGCUCCGGCUCUGUUUUCCAAAUUUAUCCCGAACAUCCUCCCCCCGGCGGUGGAGUCUGAGCUCUCUGAGUACGCUGCUCAGGAUCAGAAACUUCAGAGGGAACUGAUACAGAACGGGUUCAUGAGAGGUGACCAGUCCCGGAAGAGAGCGGGGGACGAGUUGGCUUACAACAGCUCCUCAGCGUGUGCGAGUUCCAGAGGGUACAGAUAGUGAAUGUGCUGAAUGUACUUCCCUUCCGGAAACAAGGACACACUGGGGCUGUGGAGACUGUGCUCGGGGCACAGCAGGGCCCUGCCCUCCGGGGCUCCGUCACAGAGCUGUUCUUGGAAGAGGAUGUUGGACUUCUCACUUGGAUUUGUAAUUUAAAAAAAAAAAAAAAAACUAACAAGAAAACUGUCAGUUGCUGCUAGACUUGGGGCUGAUUCUGAAA